UACAGACUGGGGGUGGGAGCUAUUCAGGAGCUCCAGAAUUUAGGGCUGGAGAUUGGUCGGUGGGUGGGUGGAGCAAGAUGGGCACGCAUAUGUGUGUUCAAGAGUGCUGUGUGUAAGGGGAGCAUUGACCGCAAAUAGGAAAGAAGUCAGUGGGAUUUUCAUCAAUUUUCAGGUGUUAAGUAUGUCAUUAAGCUGUGCCUGUUUAUUUACCUCUGGAUAUUAUAAGACACAUUGCAACCCUAAGGAGAGGAAAGAUCUGGUCCUUUUUCUCACUGCAGUGUUGUGGUUUUCCAUUGUCUGAUUUUAUUCUGGUCAACACCAUAGUCAUCAUUUUAUUAUUACUGAACCGCUCACAUGCUUUCGUAUUCUAAAACAAAAUAUUACAAAAUUGAAUUACCCAAUGACAAAUGACCUUUCACGACACUUUUUGAUUUCCACACAAGAUUAGUAUAUUCUACAAGUACUGAAGGAUGUUGGGAAUGCUGCAGUCCUUUUACGGUCUGGAUGGCUCUGAUUUUUCCCUAGUCCUCUACCUGACUCUCUCUACCUCUAUGCAGGGCUUACUCUCUGUCAUUGAGAAACUGAAGGGAUCCACAGAGCAGGAGGUCAGGAUAGUGCUUCUGGGGCUGGACAAUGCCGGCAAGACCACCCUGCUAAAGAACCUCGCCUCUGAGGAUGUGAACACCAUCACACCAACGCAGGGCUUCAACAUAAAGAGUGUUGCCUCUCAUGGCAUGAAACUCAACGUUUGGGACAUUGGAGGACAGAGGAAGAUCAGGCCUUUCUGGAAAAAGUACCUGGAAAACACAGACCUGUUGAUUUAUGUUAUCGACAGUGCAGACAAGAAGCGGUUUGAAGAGACGGGACUGGAGCUGUCCGAGCUGAUCGACGAGGAGAAUCUAAAAGGUGUUCCAGUGCUCAUCUUUGCCAACAAACAGGAUCUGGCCGCAGCGUCACCAGCCAGUGAGAUCGCUGAGGGACUCAACCUGCAUACAUACCGGGACCGUGAGUGGCAGAUUCAGGCCUGCUCAGCUGUGUCUGGGGAGGGAGUUCAGGAUGGCAUGAACUGGAUUUGUAACAACAUUGUGAACAAGAAGAAGUGAACCAGUGUCAACACUGAACAGAGUCAAACUGAGAACCAGCAUCUCAUAAGGGAUUUAAAAAAAUGUUUCACUUCAUUUAAUAUCCAAACGUCACCUAUGAAAGAUCCUACUCCCGUCACGGAUUUGAAAAAUAAUUUUGUUUUUACAAUUUAUGUCAUUUUUAUGAAAAUUUUGCAAAAAUGUAGCUAAUUUAAAUCUAAAUUUUUUAGCUACAAUAAGUGAAUUAAAAACUUAUUAAGAAUUGUUGUACCCUAAAAAUGUAUGUUUUUGUUCCCCUUAUCCCAAGGAUCCUUGUCUGGUGAAUCUGUGUGCUCUCUUAAAUACUGAAAAAAACCAAGCUGAGUGUGUAGCCAUGUAGAACUGUUGGGGUUUGUCAGUUACAUAGACACCAGUUCAGUGU